CGUCAGGCCCGCGAGGUCUAAGCUGCACUUGCUGCCCCACUGAGGACAAGGAGGCAGUGGGAGCAGUGACGGUGUCUCUGAGGAGCUGGGCUACUGGCUCCUGAAGCUUACUGCCUGGAGCCCUCAUAUCUCUUCUGUCUGUCCCAUUGUGUCAGAAUCCCAAAAAAGAAAAAUAACAAGAAAAGGCAAGAUUGUGACAAAGACCCAACUGGGUUCUCUUGGUUAUAAACUCCUUCUUAUUUGGUGCUGCAACAAUGAGUGGUAAAUCCCUGCUCUUAAAGGUCAUUCUCUUGGGUGAUGGUGGAGUUGGGAAAAGCUCACUUAUGAACCGUUAUGUAACCAAUAAAUUUGACUCCCAGGCUUUUCACACCAUAGGGGUAGAGUUCUUAAAUCGAGAUCUGGAGGUAGAUGGACGUUUUGUAACUCUUCAGAUUUGGGACACUGCAGGGCAGGAACGCUUCAAGAGCCUUAGGACACCCUUCUACAGGGGAGCAGACUGCUGCCUCUUGACCUUCAGCGUGGAUGACCGACAGAGCUUUGAGAACCUUGGUAACUGGCAGAAAGAAUUCAUCUACUAUGCAGAUGUGAAAGACCCUGAGCACUUCCCCUUUGUAGUUCUGGGUAACAAGGUAGACAAAGAGGAUAGGCAAGUGACUACUGAGGAGGCACAAGCCUGGUGCAUGGAGAAUGGUGAUUACCCUUAUUUAGAAACAAGUGCCAAAGAUGAUACUAAUGUAACAGUGGCCUUUGAAGAAGCUGUCAGGCAGGUGUUGGCUGUAGAGGAACAGUUGGAGCAUUGCAUGUUAGGUCACACUAUUGACUUGAACAGUGGCUCCAAAGCAGGAUCUUCAUGCUGUUAAAAGUAAGAAGCCUUUUAAAAGCAUACCUCAAAUUGGUAAGUCAGUAAUGUAAGAAUAACUGUGCCUCUUUAAAAGUGCACACACAAAAGAAAGGGUAAGAGAUAAAGUUGUAAUUGUUAUUUAGAGUCUUUCAAAUGGAAGUUGUAGAGCAAUUUUUUUAAAGCGUCUAUUAAGCCAAGUGUAUUUUGCGUGAUUUCUGCUAUUCCCUUCUUGUGUGCAUCAGGACAUUUCAAAAAGCUUUAGUCCUUAGAAAUUUAAAUAUUUUUCAAGUCACAGUCUAAACUUAGAACCCAGUUGCAUGAAGGAUUUAAAGAGCUACAGCUAUUCCUAUAAGUGUUCCAUUAAUCAACUAACAAUGUCACCACUGACUAUUGCCAAUCAAUUUCUAACAUGUCUGCCAAAGGAGAAAAAUAAUACUCUGAGCUGUAUUACAAUAAAUAUAAUAAUGCAAACAAAGAUGUCCUAAGCUUGAAUUAUAAAAGGUUAUAAUGAUUAGGAGUGCAACAAUAUAAUGAUGUAUACUGCCUUGUUUAAAUCCUUAUGUAUGCUUUCCUUCCAUCUGAGCUUUUCAAAAAAUACCAUCUCAAUAAGAGAUGCACUGAUGACACUGGAACUUGAUUAUAUUUCUUGCAUUUGAAGUAACAGGGUACUAUAAAAUGGAUUAUGUUUAAAUAUGCCAACCACUCUUGCAAAUAAACGGUUGGUUUGCUUUUUACUUCAUGAGUCUACUUUUUUGCUGCAUAAGAAUGUUGCUUCUCUGACAACCUCUUAUCAAUUUAGCAAUGCUGCUUAGUAUAUGAUUUUGAAUGCAGUGCUCUUUGCUCAUAAUUUCGAUGAUACUUUGGUCCACCAUGCUGUGCUCUCAGAUAAGCCUUCAGAAAAUAUUGGGGGAUAAUGGGCUUUUCUCACAAGGUUCCUUAACUCCAAUAUUUAUUAUAGAAGAAAGUGACCAGAGAGCAGACUUUAACCCAUUGUUCAAAUGAAUUUUUCAUAAUUAGAGUUGUCCAACAGUGGAAUGGAUUGCCUUAAUAGUGAACUCCCUUCUAGUAAAAAUAUUGAAGUAGAUGCUGUAUGGCCAUCUGUUAAAAUGCCAUAAAAAUAAUUUCUAUACUGGCUGGAUAUUUGGUUUGAAGUCCCUUCCAGCUCUAAGUUCUAAGAAUCUGUAAGCUACAUACUAUGUUUCAGUGCCAUGUUAUAGUUAUAAGUAUUUUAAGACAAUAGCUAAGACUACAGAGAGGGACUUUUAAAAUGCUCAAAAACUAUUCUGGGAUCAACAUUUAACAGCAAGUACAUAACUCUGUCUUUUGCUUUCAUACUGUGGCAGGAAAAAUCUUGAGAUCAAGGUAAACAUUGUGUGCCCUGAUAUAAACAUCCUAAAGAUACCAUAUUAAAAUACAAAAGUGGUUUCUCAAAAUUUUAUUACUAUGACUACCAGCUAUCUAUAUGCAGUCUAGUUCCUGUUGGCUGACCUGUUUGUCCUACAUAGAUUUCAGCUAUACUUUUAAAACAUUGAUAAAAAUAGUGACCCAGGUUGGUGAGGGACAGUUAUAAAUGACCGCCAAAAGAGACUUGGGCCAGGGUUGAGGGUUAUAGGAGCUCUCACAAAAAUAUAGCCUAGAACUCUCCAUUAUAGCCACAUAUGGAAUCAGCCUUACACAUUGAACCUUGGGUGUUUUAAAAGCUCUGAGAUUUUUUGGUCAUACAGCCAAGUUGAAGAUGGUAUUUCAACCCAGUCAUACUCAAUAUUUCCAAUUUAAAUAUAGUCCCGACCCUACUGUCCAGCUAACUUUUAUGCCAGAAAUCAAAGACAGAACUGGGACUCCAAAGCUCAUAAGUAUUGAUCCCUAUCCUGCCUAUGCCUAUAAACACUGGUUUCAAAAUUCUAUGAUCAUUUUGCUACAGUUGUGUUAGGGUGAAAUUAUGUACAUCAGAACUAUUAAAUGUUAAUUGUUUUAAAGUGCAUGAGACCUGGGGCCUUCUCUUUCUACUUGCAUUCUGCUUAUAAUAUUUUCUAUUUGUAUAUCUCAGGCCUUCAUAAAGACCUCCAUUCACUCAGAAUAGUACUUGUCUCCAUCAAAAUAGAAUAUGGCCAUUUAAGUAAAAAAAAAAUAGGUAGAUAUCCCAUUCAUAUGCCUCCUGUGCAUCCAAAAGAAGUGUUAGUUUUAUUGGCAAGUCAGCUGAGUCCUCUUUCCUCUUCGCUAUGACAAUUUUCCCUGCCAAAUCACUACAGAAUAUCUUGAUGAAAGCACUUGACAUAAAGUGAUAAAAAAAUCAACAGUGGCAUUUUGGUGAUGUGUAAUUUGAGUGAGAGUAAAAAACACCAAAGGCUGAAAUCUGUGAAUUGCAGGAACUGUGCAUAUAGGCUUAGAAAUUGUGUACCCUAGAAUGUGCAGUGCAGUAUUUUUGGUAGAUUUUCAUAAACACUAGAUUUUUUGAAUAAACUAUUUCUAAUUGAAACUAUACUGUUUUUCAAUGGUCCAUUUGAAUGUCAUACAGAAUAUUUAUUCUGUUUAUUUUCAUGUAUUAUAUUCAGGGGGCCUCAGAUUCCAUAUGACUUCAGUGGAUUGUUCAAUUUCAGGUCAAUUUGUGCUAGCCUCAGCCAUCUCUACUUUACCCUGAGGUAUUCCACAAUCCUCUUGUUGCAGGUGCUGCUAAAAACUCAAAAUCGUGUAUCAGAUAUUUUGUUCCAACUGUAAAA